GACCACAUUUCCCAGACUACGUUGCGCAGGCUGAACGCGGAAGUGAGUUUCGCGGUGGAAAAAAGUUAUCAUAGUUGUUUUCAUGCCAGACAGUUUUAAAAGUCACACUUCAGCCGUUUCUCGACUCUUCAUUUUGUGUUGAAGCCGUUUGAAGACACCAAAGGAACCAGUACCUCUCAAAGAUGGGAACUAAAGCAGGCCCAGUUCAGAUCGUCACAGUGUGUAAGGAGGAACACUCCUUUACUCUGGACACCGAGGCUUUGGCUCGGGUUCUGCUGGCUCCUGAGGUCCGAGACAAGAAUGUGGUGGUGCUGUCCGUGGCCGGAGCCUUCAGGAAGGGAAAGAGCUUCCUGCUGGACUUCAUGCUCCGCUACAUGUACAGAACUGGUGAUCAAAACUGGCUGGGAGGUGAUGAGGAGCUGCUGACUGGAUUUUCUUGGAGAGGAGGAUCAGAGCCAGAGACAACUGGCAUCCAGAUCUGGAGCGAAGUUUUCCCCAUCACAAAGAGCGAUGGAACAGAGGUGGCGGUAGUGUUGAUGGACACUCAAGGAGCCUUUGAUAACCAGUCCACCGUGAAGGACUGUGCCACCAUCUUUGCCCUCAGCACCAUGACCAGCUCCGUACAGAUCUACAACCUGUCACAGAACAUCCAGGAGGAUGAUCUGCAGCAGCUACAGCUGUUCACAGAGUAUGGUCGUCUGGCCAUGGAUGAGAUCUUCCUGAAGCCCUUCCAGUCUUUGAUGUUUCUAAUCAGGGACUGGAGCUUCCCCUAUGAGUAUACCUACGGGUUUAAAGGAGGCAAGGAGUUCCUGGAUAAACGGUUACAGGUAAAUGAGUCCCAGCAUGAGGAGCUGCAAACAGUGAGGGACCACAUCCAUUCCUGCUUCACCAACAUCUCCUGCUUCUUGUUACCCCACCCUGGACUGAAGGUGGCCACCAGUCCUGUUUUCGAGGGACAACUUAACGCUGUGGCCCCGGAGUUCAAAGAGGAGCUGAAGAGUUUGAUCCCUAAACUGCUGCGUCCCGACCGCCUGGCUGAGAAGGAAAUAAAUGGUAACAAAGUCACCUGCCGGGGCCUGCUGGAGUACUUUAAGGCUUACAUCAAGAUUUACCAGGGAGAAGACCUGCCCCAGCCAAAGACUAUGCUCAUGGCUACAGCAGAGGCUAACAACCUGGCUGCCGUGGCAACAGCCAAAGAUCAGUACACCAGGAAUAUGGAGAGGGUGUGUGGCGGGGACCUGCCCUACGUGGCUCCUGAGUCUCUGCUGAAAAAGCAUACCUUUUUCUUGGGAGAAGCUCUUCACAGCUUCUCCUCCACCAAGAAGAUGGGCGGACAAGAAUUUUGUGACCGUUACCAAGAACAGCUGGAAAUGGAGCUGGAGGAAAUGUGGCACUCACUCAGCAAGCACAACCAGUCUAAAAACCUCUUCAGCGCCUUCCGGACGCCUGCAGUGCUGUUUGUGCUGGUGUGCCUCCUCUAUGUGCUGUCGGGCGUGCUAUUCUUCAUCGGCCUGGCGACCUUCGCCCUGGUGUGUGACUACGUUCUGGGCGUGGUCAUGAUGUCCAUGCUGACGUGGGCCUUCAUCCGCUACUCUGGUCGCUACCACAGUGUGGGGGGAGCCAUCGACCAGGCUGCAGGUGUCAUACUGGAGCAGGCCACUGAUGUGUUGAACAAGUCGCGAGGUGCAGGCGCCACUGCACAGAAGAAAUCCAGUUAGAGGACCUCUGGACAUUCGUAAUCUGAUGCAAUGCUACCAGCACACAACACACAAGCACACAUUCAGCACUAAAGCCUUAUCAUGCCUCCCAUUGGAAGAAACAUGCAGCUCAACCACAUUGGCACAAAAAUGAUGCCAAUCCACCAGCAUCUUUAUUCUGCACGUUACUCUGCCUGAUAAAGUCCAGGCUUACAUAAAGGUGACUGGAUUCACUGAGGCGGGGAGUUAAACCUUCCCAUUCCCUCUUAUUGAUUCUAAAUGUCUUUAAAUUGACACUGCCAUCAUUUUACAAGUUUACAAUUGGUCUGAAAUGACAAGUCAAUGUUUACCUUAUAACACUCAGUUGUAUAUUGUUCAAACAGGGGUAGUCAGGGUGAUUUUCAAACAAAGCUUCUGCAGUAUAUUUAAAUACCUUUAAAAAAAAAAAUGCCGGCUUUAAAGCUUAUACAUUUAUACAUAUUUCUUCGUGGCUAUAUUUUUUUACUUUGUGGCCUUAAAAACAUUCCAUUCUGUUUGUAGAUUUGCUUUAUAUUUGAUAUUAACGAGCAUUUCUAGAAGAGUGAACUGUCACUACUUUGAAAGAAGAGGAUACGCACUUUCUGCAUAGUUUACUAGACUUUUAAAGCUGCAUGUAAUAGGACGUCAGCUGAAUCUCAAGUGCUUUGCUGUUUAUUUCUUGAUGGAAAUGUGUUACACUUUGUACAUUUUGAUAUUAUAUAUUAGACUCGUAUAGUGAAAUUAUAUAUUGGAAGUUCUAUGCUGCAAUAUUUUCCAACUCCAAAGAAAAGACAAUAUUGGAAUAAUAAUAAUAAAAGGCUGUGAUUGCACAACUAUGUAAAACUAGCCAAAGAGUAAGCUUUGAAUAUUCAAAUUAUACUAUAUAACAAUACGAUGAACCGUCAAUCAAAUAUGGCAAGUGUUAAACUGGAACCGAUCAAAACCAGGAUGUUGAAACUCCAGUAAUCAGAAAGCACAGACCUCCACCAAGGCAAAAUGCCCUCUAAUGUAAUCAGAAUUGAAGAGAUUCUUCUUUGUCCCAUGCCCCACCAUUCCACCAGUUUUAAAGAAAGGCUAGAAGUUUCUUUGUACUCUUGCUGAAACAAACAAAAAAGGAAAACAUAACCUCUUAAGUAUAGCCCUUAGACAGAUGAUGUCUGGUCAUAUCUGAAGUUGGUAAAAAUCCUUAACAUGUAGCCAUGUGUGCACCUCGGAAAAUAUAACCUGAAGAUGUAUCUUUAAUGUAGCCUCAGCUCCACAACACGCUCUGUGAUCACUGUGAUGCGUUUUGCCAAUUGGUGAUCUGGCUGCAGCUAAAACGGACAUUACAAAUAUUUCACAGCUACUUUUAGUUAUUGUCUGAUUUUUUUGUAAAAUAAAUCAUUGACAAAUAAUAAAACCACAUUUAAUAAAAGUAAAAUAAUCAUUUUGUAUAUGUUGUUUGUUUACCUGCAGCCAUUUAACCUAUAGUUUUCCAAGAGAAGUCGUACAGGGAAUUAAAGUGGUCGACGCAGUGGAUUCAUUAUGUUGUAGUUUUCCUUUUGUAAGGCUAAGCAGGGCUUCUCAGACCUGAUUCAGGCAUUGGAUUAAAUAACUGAUUAUUUGCAGCUAUGCCCUACAUCUUUGAAUAUAAGAGGCAGAUUCUUUCAGAAACAUUGGAUUGGAAAAGUGGAAUAAGAAGGGUUAUGAAUGCUUGAGAGCAAAAGUAGGAUAAAUUAAUCUAAAAUAAAAAGUAUAUUUCCCUCGCUCAAACAAAAAGAAAACAUAAAAAAUCUCAAACAAUGAUUUAAUAUCAAAGUGAUUACAUACUGUAGCUCUUAUGAUCACUUCGCUAAAAAAGAAAUGUGGGAAUUGGAAGGAUGAUGAUUUUUGACCAUCAUUUUGCACAUUCCAUUUCUGUCCCUUUCCACAAGAGGGGGAAACAUGUUCAACCAGUACUUUAUAUCGCACUGUUGGUUAUUUUUCAAAACAGCUCAUUAAAUUGUGGAUAAUGCAUGCACUGUUGUAGUUACGGCUAAUGUAAUCAUCUCUUGGGGGUCUGGUGGCCUUGACUUGAGAAAUGCUGUUUUCUAAAGAAUAAACAAAGCUUCAAACUGUUAA